UUGGCUCCACUUGUCACCCGAAAAUUAGCUCUGCUUGUGUGUGUCAGUGUGUGUGUGUGUGUGUGUGUUUGUGUGUGUGCCUGUUUAUUCAAAGGGCUCCCGGCUGUUAAACAGCGAUUGAUCCAGAUCUCUUUUAAAGAACCCUGCUUUCCUGGAAGCUGUUUACUUUGAAAUCGAAGGUGCUUUGGAUAUAAUUCCAGCCGCUUGGAAUCUGAAACCCCGCUCCCAUGGAUCAUACAAUAUUUAGCUGCCUGCGCGGCUCACAUGCUCCAGCGCAGAGCCUGCACCACUUCUCUCAGUCUCCACUAGCUCUCCAUGGAAGAUCAGACCAUGUGGCUUUUCCAGACCUGUCUUCUUCUUCUUGUAUCAUAACGGGAUUUCCUAAUGAAGAAAGCAUGUUUACAGCUCAGCGUCAUCAUCAUCACCUACAUCAUCACCACCGAGGUCAUCCCCAGCAGCAACCCCAGGCACCGGGCGCUGGCCAGGCAACAUGGCACAUCCCUCAGAUCUCCUCACCCCCUCCCCUGGCGCGGAACACACUCUGUCUCCAGUCGGAAUCCGGGGGCCCGGAACUGGGCUCCAGCCUGGCGGACAGCAGUCCCAGCUUGAACCCCAAUAACCCGCUGUCCUGUGUGUCGGGGGAUUACGGGAGGCCGGCGGUCACUCCAGUGGAGACAGAGAAAAGGAAUUCCAAAAGGAAAAGUGACGGCUCAGGUUUAGAGACACAAGAAUGCAGUUACAAAGGAGAGAUGAACAGCAAACCCAGAAAGGAAAGAACAGCCUUCACUAAAGAACAAAUUCGGGAAUUGGAAGCUGAGUUUGCUCACCACAACUACCUGACCAGACUGAGAAGAUACGAAAUAGCGGUGAAUUUGGAUCUGACUGAAAGACAGGUCAAGGUGUGGUUCCAGAACCGGAGAAUGAAAUGGAAACGUGUUAAAGGAGGCCAACAAGGAGCUGUUGCAAGGGAGAAAGAACUAGUGAAUGUGAAGAAAGGGACAUUACUGCCCUCUGAGCUGUCUGGCAUCUCCACGUCAGGAGCUCAUCAUGCUGGAGACAUUCUCUCAAACGAUGAAAGCCAGGACAGUGAUCACAGCACUGAACUUGGCCAUUUGUGAUGUACAAAGAAAGGGAACGUCUCAACAGAUUCUCAGGAAAGAAAUGGCAUGAGGAGAAUGCAAACAACUUUGUCUUAAAGUCUUUGUGUGAAUGACUCCUUAUGGACAUGAUGCAAACAUCACAGCCUCUGAACAUUCCAUAUUUGAAAUGACAAAUUGGACAGUUUGCAAGUUUAUGCCUUAACUUCCACUGUAAAUAAAACAGGAAUUGAUGCAAAAAUACAAAAUAAAUAUUAACAGAAAUUCAACAGAGAAUAGCAGGGAAGAUUUCUUUUGUGUAAUUGAUGAAGCAAAAUAAUUAACAAAUUUAUAAAGAAUGACUAUUUAAUCUUUCCACAGAAGAAACCCUCAGCCAGAAAUAGGAAAUGUAGCAAUUCAGUAUGAUUGAAAUGUUAAAAUAGUGCUCUAAAAGAGACCAGUAGAGAAUGCAGUCACUUUCACCAGUCUUCUUACUCAUAGGUGCAUGUGUUUUAAAACCUGAUGAAGUUAGCAACUAUUCAGUCAGAUCAACAACAGCUUGAAAUUCCUAGGCUGCUACCCCAGUGAAUGAUGCCAAAGUUAUGCAGUUUAAAGUAAAGGCUGAAUAGUUGUCCAGUCAACAGUUUAUUUCAUGCAUUUCAGCGUUCCUAAUCAACAGUCCACUGAGUGUUGGAAAUCCCAAUAUUAUCUCCUAUGGGUAAAUGUAAAAUUCUAUCAGUGAAUACAAGUUACAUAAUUACUAUUAACAUAUGUUAAACAAGCAGUGCAGUAAAUAUUUCAACUAAUGUUCCUUUUUUCACUUUUCUUAUUCAAACAUCAAAUAGAAACUCCUAUUUUCAUUCUGUUUGGUCAAAUUGCUUUUCUUCAGUAAUUAAUCAUUCAAACAAAUGUGUUAAAUAUAAGGUGUAGUUGGAAUAUUGAUACCAUCCAAUCAAGAUCAUUAGUUUUACUGAGAUAACAAGGUGUGGAGCUGGAUGAAUGCAACAGGCCAAGCGGCAUCUUAGCAGCAGAAAAGCCUUCCUGCUGCUAAGAUGCUACUUGGCCUGCUGUGUUCAUCCAGCUCUAUACCUUGUUCUCUCAGAAUCUCCAGCAUCUGCAGUUCCUAUUAUCUCAUUAGUUUUACUGUUGAGUCAUCAGUCUUAGCCAGUACGAUAAAGACAGUUUCAUUCAAUGUUAUCAAAAUAUUCUACCAGCAUUCUCUAAUAUAUGAAGAGCUUUUCCAGUAACUCAACAAUGUAUAAUGUUGAUAAUGCAAUUUUAUGCACUGAUGUUUAACUUCUGUCAGAUUUAGAUGAUGUAAACAUGAUUAUCUAGUAGCAAUCUGGAAUUCCCUAUGGCCCUCCCAUGCUUGGAAUUGUUUAGGAGUCAUUUUCAAUACAAAGGAUAGAUGUAUAAACCAAAUCUCUCACAUUCUGUUAACAUGUGAUAAAUUAUUAAGUAAUAUGCACGUCUAACCAAACCAACUUCCAAUUGGCAUCUUCUCUAUGAUAUUGUAUAUGGUAUAAUGGAAUAAAAUGCAAGGUUGCCCCUUAAAAAUUGAGCAUAUAAUUCCUGACCUACCUGACCUGGAAGGAGAGAAGUAUGAGUUUGCUGAAUAAGGUUGAGUUAACAAAACUGUGGAUUUUCUGUGUAAUGCUUAAUGGCAGAGUGAACGAGAUGGCUGAAUUUUUUUUUCAUUCCUAUAACAUAUAUCAAGAAUAAAAAUAACAUGCAGAGGGGUUUACAAAUGAUGUCUGAUUCAAAGAUUAGGUUAGUUUUUUUCACCUCACUCCAGCCAGUAUGUUUUAUUAGUGUGUAUGAUAUUUUGUUGAAUUGUCAAAUUGACAAUUUGAAUGUGUUCCUGUUAUGGUUAUGCAUUCCUUCACAGGGUUACAGGCAAAUAACUUACAAUUUCUGAAUUUCAGGAAAAUUUCAUACACGGUAUAUGUUAUCAUAGCAUCUGUAGUGCCAACAUGCUUCAUACAUCAAUCAAUAUAUAUAAAUAGUUGUAAAUAAAGUUUUUAUAUAGGGCUUCAUUAAUUGCUUAGUAAAUAUGACUCUAAAUGCUUUGUGUCAAUGAUUAUGUCUUAACUCUCAAAGUCUAAUUCACCGUGUGUUCAGCAUUGUAGUAAUGCUGCACUUUAGCGUUCUAAAAUAUAACAUUUGUAAAUGACUGAAAUAUGUUUUCAUUUAUCUGGAUAUGCAAUCCCAGAUAAAGAUUUUGCCCCAACAGCCUACAGUAUUUAAAGUAACUGAUGAUGAAUGAGAAAACAAACACAUUAUUGCUAUUUCUGUUUUUACAUUCAAGGCUCUGGCGUAAAAAUUGGAAGAACGUAAUAAAUUGGAUUCACUUCAGCAAAAAAGUUUGAUAUUCUGAUAUAUAUGUGAUUGCAAUUACAUGACACAACAUGUUAGAGAAGAAAUGGAUGAAAGAGUUGUGGAAAUCUUUUUUCUGUUGUCCCUUUCAGGAUAUGAAACUUAAACCCUUUGGUAGUGUCUCUCAGGUAAUUCUGUUUAUAUCACAGUUCCUAAGUUAUGAGUAAAUGAUAAAUUUUCAAUGGGUUUUGAAAUAAUAUAUAAACAAAUCCUGCUGGUAUCAAAGCAAAUAAGUUCAAUUUGUUAUCUCCUAGGAAUGAUAAUUAUGCAAUUUUCUUAACACACUUGAAGAAAAUUGAAAUAUACUGCAUUGACAGUAAUCACCUGAGAAACAUAAUGGUUUCCUAUUGGUAGAAUUCAGUCAAACCUGUGGCAGCAUUUUGUUUAUGAUGCCUUUGCACAAUACUUGCACACAACAUUAAAAAAAAGUGUCUUAUUGUUUUGGUGUGUCUUGUGAAACAAAUAUUAUUCAUUGUAUUUGUUUCCUAUGUUUACUGAAAUAUUUUAAAAAUAAAUUUGAAA